AGAAUUAAGCUUUGGGCUUUGAACCGAUUUUAAGUUCUCUGCAUUGACUACCCGUCUCUUUUAGAAUAGAUUUUAAGAUUGCUUUAUUGGUUUUUAAAGCUCUUAAUGGCUUUGGCCCUUUUUAUCUAUCUGAUCUUCUUUUACCUUAUGAGCCAGGUCAAGCCCUCAGGUCUUCAGGAAGUUCUCUGUUAACAAUACCGAAAGUUAAAACCAAGACAUACGGCGAGGCAUCUUUUUAUUACUAUGGCCCCCGUCUGUGGAACAGCUUACCUGAAGACCUGAGGACUGCACUUAAUCUUAAUGAUUUUAAAAGCAAAAUGAAAACAAACCUUUUUAGUCUUGCUUUUAACUAAAAUUUAUAUAAUUAACUUUGAGUGUUUUAGCAUUUAUCUCUUUCUAGUUUUAAUCACAGGAGCAUCGUUUAUUGAGCUAUUUUGGUGCUCUUAUUUUAGUAUCUUUUACUCUUUUUUUUAUUUAUUAUUUCUUAAAUUUCAUUCUUUGUUCCUUUGUUUUUAGAUUUUAACAAAAACCUCCAGUGUUUCCUUAUCCUGAGUUUUAAAAUGACAUUUCCUCAGUGCGCACAUUCCUGUUUCCACAAAAUCAAGCCCUUUUAAGUUUAUGCAUUUUAUUACUGUUUCUGUUGCAAUUAGAUCGUGGGGUGGGAAUGAGGGGUUGGGCUGGGGUUUAAUUUGGUAUUCUUUUAAUCUUGGGUUAGGGUAAAUUUGGGUAUUCUUUGUUUCUUUAUUCCUUUUUCUGUGUGAAGCUACAUGUUAUGUAUAAAAAGUGCUAUAUGAAUAAAGACUGAUUGAUUGAUUGAUUGAUUGAUUGAUCUGGUCCAUGAAGUCUUUCAAUCUGUCAGCCACAGCCUUGGAGAGGAUCUUAUUGUGCAUAGAGAGCAGGGAAACAGGAUGCCAGUUCUUCAUCUCCUGAAGAUCACCUUUUUUUGGCAGCAAAGCAAUAACUGCUCUCCUGACUUUUCUGUCAGUCGUUCAUUUCAAACUGCUAGCAGAUCUCCCAGCUCCUCCUACAAAGUCAUAUCAAAUUCAACAGGAAGUCCAUCGACUCCAGGAACGCUUCCUCCAUCCAUGCUCUGCAGGGCUGUAGUCGACUCCUGGAGGUGUAGAAGCUUCCCCAGCAGCUGGUUCGACUCUUCAGAGACCCGGUGCAGAUCAUGAGAGAAGAAGUCAAACAGGUCUUUGUGUUCUGAAUGUUCACUGCAGUCCAGCUCAGAGUGAAACUCCACAGCACGUCUCCUAAUGUCUCCGGCCUCCUUCAGCUCCUGUCCUGUCGCUGGUCCAUGGCUGUGGAUGCACCUUCUGUCCAUUGUUCUGAUCCAGACUGAAGAAAAACUCUGAAACCUGGAUCUGACGAGAGCCCCCUGAGCUCUGGAGUCCAUGCAGGUCCCUAAGGUGAGAGCUGUCUUUAUUGUUUUGAGGACCUAAUAUGUCCUCGAUCUCCUGUUGAGUCUACUGAAGAUUGGAGCCCCACUAUAUGGAUCUUCAGAGCCUUCACAGAUCUGGUCAUGUCCCACAUGACAUUGAGAGUGUACUGUUGACAGAAGUUUUGGAUUUCUGUCAUCCCACAAUCCCACCACUGUCUUAGGGCUCUAAAAUUUCACCAUAAAAACUCAAAACUAUCUAAAUAUGUACAACCACGCAGGAAAGAAGUGUUCAAGUCUCAAAAUACACUUCUGAUAAAACCAUGACUAAGUGCCACAGACUGAUCAGUAAAACCAGCAGGUCCAAUCAAACUGUCUUUAAAACUCUUCGUUUGAUACUUAAAACAACCAAUUUUUAUUGGUAUGAUACUAUGUAUGAUACUUUUCAAAGUAUUGAUACUUUUGACAACCCUUGUGCAGACAUUUCUUAUUUUCAGAGGUGACACCAAUGACAGUCAAAGUCAUCAACCCUCAGAUAACACCGGAUUAAGCUCCUCAUUCCUCUUGUGUAUCAGCAUCUAGACCUGACAUCUGGGAGAGACCACAUGGCUCAGCUGGGUUCACUGGAGAAGAUUACCUUUCUGUACGGCAGAAAAAAUUAUGAGGAGGGUAAAUGGAGAAUAAACAAUGAGAGAAUAAACAGUGAGCACAAACUAAACAACACAUAAAGAGAGAAAAACAGUUAGAAAAAACUAUAGCUCCCUCAGAGGUCAAAAAGUUAGAGAGUAUGAGUAUUGUGAUGAUUUGUCAAUAUUGUAAUAAUAGUCAUGCCAAUAAAGCUUACUGAAAUUGACAAAAUUAAGAGAGACAGUGUGUGUUUAUAUUCGGUGUAUAUUCAACUAUGUGUGGAUAUAAAACAGUGGAAAUCUUUCUGUGAUCCAUGAGGUUUAUAUGAGGGGAAUAAAUGUUGAUGCAUUUAGUAAAAUGUUGGUGCAGUUGAUCUUCAGGACGGCUGCAGCUUUAAUAACCUCUGCUUGUUGGAGUUUGAGAGUCUAAAGUUCACAUCGCCUCUCCUCUUCCUGGAUUGUAGAAAAACUGGAUUUCCCCUCCCUCGUCUCUCACACAGCUCACUCCACUCUGCACACUCACUUCCUUGUUCCCUCCCCUUCAGAUCUACAGUCUUAAGGCUGGGCGUAACCAGCGUGUGCUGAGCUGAUCCUGCUGACACACACAUGUUGUUGAGAUCAGAGCUCAGACUAGUUUCACUUCUGAGGAAAUGAAACUCAGUCAGUCGUCGACAGCGAGUGUUGCAAUGGCGGAGAAAGGAGUUCAGCUGGACCGUGAAUCUCUCUCUUGUUCCAUCUGUUUGGAUCUACUGAAGGAUCCGGUGACUGUUAACUGUGGACACAGUUUCUGCAUGAGCUGUAUUCAAACCUACUGGGAUGAAGAGGAUGAGAAGAAGAUCUACAGCUGUCCUCAGUGCAGACAGACCUUCAUACCAAGGCCUGUCCUGAAGAAAAGCACCAUGUUAGCAGGUAUAGUGGAGAAACUGAAGAAGAGCCGACUCCAAGCUGCUCCUGAUGAUCCCUCUGAUGCUGGACCUGAAGAUGUGGCCUGUGAUUUCUGCAGUGGGAGAAAACUGAAAGCUGUCAAGUCCUGUCUGCAAUGUCUGGUUUCUUUCUGCCAGAUUCACCUCCAGCCUCAUUUUGAAUCACCUUCAUUUAAGAAACACAAGCUGGUGGAGCCCUCCAAGAAGCUACAGGAGAACAUCUGCUCUCGUCAUGAUGAGGUGAUGAAGAUGUUCUGCCGCACUGAUCAACAGUCUAUCUGUUACCUCUGCUCUGUGGAACAACACAAAGGCCACGACACAGUCUCAGCUGCAGCAGAAAGGACUGAGAGGCAGAAAGAUCUGGAGGAGAGCCGAGAAAACAUCCAGCAGAGAAUCCAGGACAGAGAGGAAGAUGUGAAGCUGCUCCAACAGGAGGUGGAGGCUAUCAACGGCUCUGCUGAUAAAGCUGUGAAGCACAGCCAGGAGAUCUUCAGCCAGCUGAUCCAUCUCAUGGAGAGACGCCGCUCUGACGUGGAGCAGCAGGUCAGAUCCCAGCAGGAACAUGAAGUGGGUCGAGUCAAAGAGCUUCAGGAGAAGCUGGAGCAGGAGAUCACUGAGCUGAAGAGGAAAGACACUGAUCUGCAGAAGCUCUCACUCACAGAGGACCACAACCAGUUUCUGCACACUUACCCCUCACUGUCAGAACCGGGUCAACCUGCAGACUCAUCCAGGAUCAACAUCCGUCCUCUGAGAUACUUUGAGGAGGUGACAGCAGCUGUGUCAGAGAUCAGAGAUAAACUCCAGGAUCUUCUGACAGAGACGUGGACAAACGUCUCACAGGCAGUGACUGAAGUGGAUGUUUUACUGUCAGAACCACCAGAAUCGAAGACCAGAGCUGGUUUCUUAAGAUAUUCACAAAGAAUCACACUGGAUCCAAACACAGCACACACAUGGCUGUUAUUAUCUGAUGGAAACACAAGAGCAACAAGGACAGGACAAUCACAGUCUUAUCCUGACCACCCAGACAGAUUCACUGUUUCUUAUACUCGGGUCCUGAGUAGACAGAGUCUGACUGGACGUUGUUACUGGGAGGUGGAGUGGAGAGGGGACAAGGUUUAUAUAGCAGUCUCAUACAAGACUAUCAGCAGAGCAGGGACCUCAGAUGAUUGUAUAUUUGGAAACAAUGACAAAUCUUGGACGUUAGUCUGUUCUAAAGACAGUUAUGAAUUUGUGCACAACAAAGUCCGCACUUGUGUCUCGUGUCCUCAGUCCUCCAGAGUAGGAGUGUACCUGGAUCACGGAGCAGGUAUUCUGUCCUUCUACAGCGUGUCUGAAACCAUGACUCUCCUCCACAGAGUCCAGACCACAUUCACUGAGCCACUACAUGCUGGACUGUUACCCUGGUCUGAUGGAGACUUUGCUGAGUUUAGUGAAGUGAAGUAAAGAGAAUUUUGAGUCCAUCAGACCAAAAACAUGUAAUGAGAUCAUUGAACUCUUGAAAUGUUCUGCUUUGUAAAUGUUUGUGGAUCAGUCUCACCAAAAACUCUCAGUUUAGUUCUUCAUUUCAGCUUUUUCAUUCUUUUCUAAAGAGGCUGAUUUGGUCGCAGCUUUAAGGACAGUGAUUGUGGAUAACUUUGAUUGUUUGUAUUUCUCAUAUUAAAAAAAUCUUCACUAAAGUUUGAUAACAACAACAUCAAGAUGAUCAUUUGUUCAAAUCACCUUCAGUUGGUGCAGAUGUUGAAGGUCUGAGACUUUAGAAAAAAGUGACGUCAAAAGAAGGACAGAAAGAGGAUAAAAGCACAACCUUAUUUCCUGUCCCAAAUCAAACCGUCUCCAAAGUCUUUCCAGUCAUCCAAAAAAACACUCGAAAUGAUCUGUGCUUUCUCUGUUUGCUGAAUAUUUGUAUUCAUGUCAUGGAUGUAUAUUUCUGUCUGCUUCUGUUGGAUCAGUCUGUUUGUAAAGACAUCUUUAAUUAGACUUUUGGCAGAUCCACAUGUUAUAAUGAACUUUUCAAUCACUCUAAUAAUAAUCACAUUCAUUAGUCCGACUGUUUGUGUGUUUCUGACUCAGCUCAGAUUGUGGUGAAAUCUCUGAUUGUGGGUGAAAACAAUAAAAAUCAUUAAACUGAUUCACUGAAAUCACCUCGCCUGUUCCUCUUUAGUUAGUCUGUUUCUGCUGGAUCACCUGUUACUGGUCUGUCUGGGUCAUGGAUUCAUGUGGUCUGCAGGAUUUCCAUGAUGUGGUCACUCACAGGUGUUCCAGGUCCCAGAUGUGAGUCCUGCAGCUGGAUCAGGUUUUCUGUUAAUGAGAGGAAAAAGACAGGUGGCUGGUUGUGAGUCUCUUUCUCUGACGUCUGUCAGUCCAUACUUAGAUAUACAGAGAGAGAGAUUUUGAUUUGAAAGACAAACUUUAUUUACAGUCAGUUAUGAAUAUUUACAGAGGAAAGAGAAAAAAAAGAAUGAACAUUGAGUAUCAGUUGAACUUUUCUACAUCUUGAAACAAAGACUGAAAACCAGUUUCUCCUCCUGUACAGAGCAGAUGAAGUCUCUGUAAGACCACAUCAGACACAGCUUUGGAGAAGCUCAAGUCCACCUGCACUCUGGCUCUCACCUUUGACACAAACAUCUCAGUCACCUCUGAACUUAGCUGCCUUUUCUCCUCUAAUAAACACACACACACACACACACACACACACACACACACACACACACACACACACACACACACACACACACACACACACACACACACACACACACACACUAUCUGCAUCAGUGUAGUGCAAGCAGUGAGGAUCAGGGUGUGUGUGAGAGAGACCUGGUCAGGAUCUGUCCUGAAUAUCGAGCUGGGCCCCAUGAAUCAGAAGUUCCUCCAGCAGCCAGUGUGGGGACAAAGUGAGCUCCAGUCUCCAGGUUUUAGAAAGGCUUUGAUAAAAGGCAGACAGGUUAAAGAGGUUCAGACAGUCUUUUUCUCUCUUUUUUUGGCUGGUUCUUUUUUGUUUUGGUUCACAACUAAACAGUUAAAAAAAUCUCCUCCCUCUCCACUCCUCUCUCAUUUCUUUCACCCCUCUCUCUUUUUCCUCUCCACUCCACUGCUAUAUUUAAAAAUUGUUGUUUUUGUGUCUGUUUUGCCUUUUAUUAAUUAUUUCAGAGACACUAAGAGAAAUUUGGCAGAGCUCUGCGGCUUCUUUGAAAUCUUACCGGUCUGUGCUGAAACCUGACACCAUAGUCUGGUUACUUCCUGGCUCAUUUUCAUACUAAACAGUGAUUGGAUGUUUACUGAGGGGGAGGAGUGUGUGUGUGUGAGUGAGCCUGAGAAAAUACACAUGCAGCAGAGCAGAAGGACUGAGAAAAGAGAGGAGAGGAAUUCUGAAUCUUGUUUUAACAACACAAUUUAACAACACAUACUGUACAACCCAAUGAAGCCAGUCCCAGAAAGACCUCACAAGUAUAGUCUCUAUCUGUUUCAGUAGGCCAGCUGGGGGCUCACCACAGACCAUCUUAUGCCACAGAUCACAUGAGACCAGGUUGUCAAUGACCAGUAAUGACCUCCGUGGUAACAGCCAUCUCCAUGUGCUUAUUGCUUCAGAAACAGACUCCAGUGUAACAAGGUAGCCUCUCAAUUAUUAACAGUUUCCUGAAGCAUACUCAGUGACUUGACAGAAUAUUUACAUACAUGGCAACGUGUGAUAAUAUUCAAACACAAGUGGAUAUGAUUUUGUGACUUUUUACACCUUUUAUUUAAAAUGGAAGCAUGUGAAUUUUUGGUUGUCCUGUAGCUGAUAUGGUUUUAGGGACAACACAUUCAGAUUUACAUUUGGGGAACGGAAUGGCUACAGCUGACACAUCUUAAUGCUGAAAACAGAUAACUUUAAGCCUUUUUUUCUUUCUAUGAGCAUUAAUGUUUGUUCAAGUAAACACAAAUGUACUGGUACCCCAAUAAAAAGGCUAAGCUAUCUGGAAAGAUUCCCAUCCCAUUACACCCUUAACCUAACAUCAGUGUUACAGUGUUACAAUGUCGCUUGUUUGUGAAAGAGCCCUAAUGAGUCGAUCACCGAGUGCAGCAAAUCAUUUCCUUGAAGUAAUAAUCAUCAUAUUAAUCAUUUUGAACUGCAGACGCAGUAGUUCUUCUGCCUUAGCGUCUCGGUCUGAUUGCAUUUCCAUGAAGUAAUAAUCAUAAAUGUUCUUCCUUGAGCUGCGAAACUCCGCUGCACUCGAUGAUCGAUUCAUCAGGGCUCCCCCACAAACAA